AUGGCUCGGUUUUCCAAGCCCGUCUUCUGGGCUUUGUUCCUGCUCGUGCAGCUGAGCAUCGCGUCCUCGGUUGCGGAGAAGCUCGCGUCGGCGGGCAAGCCCGUCGCAGACUUGAGCCUCGAGGCGCUCGACGAGCAGCUGCAGCAAUGCUCCGUCGUGCAGAGCCUCACGGCCGAUAAGCUGGCCAAGAUGAGCGACUCCCCAUCCCUCCUGUCCCGCGCCUUCGGCGUGCUCUUCCCGGGCACCCCCGCCGUCAACGCCAUCCUCGCGACGCUGUACAUCUCGGGCCCGCCCAACUUCCUCCUGGCCCUGUGCCCGCCGAACAUCGACCCGUCCUCGCUGUCCGUCAUGGUCGCCUUCGCCGUCGGCGGCCUGAUGGGCGACACCCUGUUCCACCUGCUGCCCGAGAUCUUCCUCGGCGAGGACGAGCCGGACCGCGCGCGCCUCGUGCUCGUCGAGCCGAACAGGAACCUGCUCCUGGGCGUCGCGAUUCUUGUGGGUUUCAUGACGUUCGUAGCCAUGGAUAAGGGUCUGAGAAUCGCGACGGGCGGCGAGGGCCACUCGCACGACCACGGACACGCGCACUCGCACGCCGAGGCCAAGGCCGAGGGCGUGUCGUCGGCUGUGGAGAAGGCGGGGGAGCUCAAGUCGCGGAAGAAGAAGGCCGACGAAGGCUCCAACGGCGCUGUGGAGAAGACGGCGGAGAAGGAGAUCAACCCCAGCGUGAGGCUCGGAGGCUACCUCAACUUGAUCGCCGACUUUACGCACAACAUCACCGACGGCCUCGCCAUGUCGGCCAGCUUCUACGCGUCCCCAACCAUCGGUGCGACGACGACGGUCGCCGUCUUCUUCCACGAGAUCCCGCACGAGGUCGGCGACUUUGCGCUGCUGGUGCAGUCCGGCUUCAGCAAGCGGGCGGCCAUGGGCGCGCAGUUCGUCACGGCGCUCGGCGCCCUGCUCGGCACGCUGAUUGGCAUUGCCGUCCAGGAGCUCGGUGGUGGCUCCGGCGAGGACGCCAUGGCGCGUAACGCGGGACUCUGGGGAACUAGCUUGACCUGGGGCGACAUGCUUCUUCCCUUCACCGCUGGCACGUUCUUGUAUGUGGGUACCGUUGCCGUCAUCCCGGAACUACUGGAGACGGGCCCGAACAAGAUGGUUGAGCUGCGCAAGACCUUGACUCAGUUUGCGGCCAUUGCUGUUGGCGCUGGCAUCAUGCUUUACAUUUCGUGGCACGACUAA